ACACAGCCAUGGAUCUGAACGGUCUUCUCUUCAUCUGCAGCUUCAUCAGACUCUCAGGUGCGCAGGACAUCAUUACGGUCAGGAAGGUAUCUGUUCGGAGAGGACAGUCUGUCAUAAUUCCUUAUUUAUAUCAUCAGAAAUAUGCAUUUUCAUGCAAAUACUUGAGCGUUUGGCAAUCAAGUGAUUAUGUGGCGCUCUCAGACCAGAGUUGCCAUUGCAAAUCAGUGUUGAUCUCAGAUGACACGAAAGGUCACAUCUUCACCGUCCGCAUGGAUAACGUCCAGGAGUCUGGCUAUUACUGGUGUGCCAUUCAUAUUCCUUCAGCUUUUGAUAAACGGGCAGGGUUUUUCUUGGACGUCACAGCAGACUCUCCGAGACUUCACGUGAACUCUCAGAAUGUGACGGGAUCUGAGAAUGGCAGCGUAACCAUCAGCUGCUACCAUCGGGGAAGACAAUAUGGUGUAAAAUGGUGUAAGUUUGGAGGUCAGUGCAUUACAAGAGCGUCUGGGAGGUUAGACGGAGCCUCGGUUGAGAUCAGAUAUGGUCUGAGAAACACGACUGUGAGCAUGAGCCGACUGAAGAAGGAGCACACGGGAUGGUACUGGUGCUCGACAGAAGAGCUGCAGAUGCCUGUUCAUAUCACUGUCCAACAGAAGAAGAGCAGAGAGAGUCCGGAUACAGCAGAGUCUGAUCAGAUCUCAGCCAGCGCUCGCAGAAGGACAGCUGUUUUAUUUCUGUUGCCAGUGAUUUUGGAGAUUCUCCUGAUCAUAGUCAUUUACUUGGCACUGAAACUGGCUAGGUUUUGCAAAAAAAGAUUCUUCCAGUCUGUGCAGGAAGCAGAGGAAGGUCAGUACGUGACGAUGCACAGGAAACAGUCCUCGCGUUCACAUGGCCGUUCUGCUGCUGAUGGAGUGUAUGAAAGUAUGGCUGGACGCAAAACAAACAGUGAGUCUCCGCAAGAACCAGAUUAUGUGAACGUUGCGAAGACAUGACUUGGCAGCAUCAGAAAUGGAGGAAUGAAUCCGGUGUGUGGUUCGGCAGCCGUUCACUGCAUCUCAACUAAAGA